AUGGAGAGGCUGCUGGAGCGAGAGGCACGCGAGGUGGCCGCUCUGGCGGGUGAGGCGCGGCACGCGCGGGACUCUCUGUCCCGCACGCGCACGCAGCGUGCUGCCCUGCUGUCACUGCGCCAACACCUCGCCCGCCACCUCGAAACGCUCAGGCACACAGAAAUUCGCGAAUUGGAGAAUCUGGUGCGCGUAUCAGACCGCAAGUUGUACAGGAGUUGGGAGGCUCUAAAAGAUUCUUCAGAUCCGGCUGCCUUUGAGCCGUUACUGGACGAAGUCAAGAACAAACAGACUGCGUUAGAAGGCCUCGUGCGUUUGAUAAACAACCGUCGCUCGAAUAUUUCCCGUGCUGCAAUAGUACCUCGUCCGUUGCCAGCACCACCUCGUGACGACGAUGAGUCAUCAACUACCGCGGGGUCGGUGCGAAGGAGACAAGAGAUAGGUCGUCGCGCGGCGUACAAGCGGAGAAAAAGAGACGCAACGAGGGAACCGCGAUCUGAACCGAUCUCUGGGGAGUCCAGUCGACAUACACCUACUGUACUGGUAACAGUGGGACAACCGACGCUCGAGCUGGUGACCCGCGCCAGUGUCCGAGAUUUAUUAUUCUUUACCAGCAAUUAG